AUGGCAUACUGUGUUACUGAUAUCAGUUUAAAUAGCCCUUCAUCUUUAUACCCAAUUCUUCCUCUUCCUCACAGCUCUUGCAAUGGCAUUCUCAAUCUUGCCAAAGCAGAAAUUCUUCAUCCUCACUCUAAUUUCCAUUGCCACAUUUUGCUUCUCCUCAGGUUAUGCAGAGGACAACCCUGGGCAAAUGGUUAUGCAGAGGACAACCCUGGGCAAAUGGUAGCAAACGCUUUGUUGUGUUUCAACAAUAAGUUUCUCUAUAUUGGGUGUGAUGAGGCGUAUAGAUUGAACCCGAGUGGGAACAUUAAUGUACCUCCUGGGGCUACAGACUUGUUCUGCAAUGGACCUUGCCUGGCCGAGACACAACAAGUUCUCAAUUGCAUCGAAAACGCAUUAUCAAACUUCAUAUUCUACAAUAAGGCCACCAUGCCAGAAGUUAGAUAUGCACUAAAUGCUGGCUGCAGCUACAACACCCAAAGAGGGAAUUUCAAUGUGGGAGACUAUAUUGGACUAGCAAGCAAUGCACACCGAUUGCCAAACUUGAUCAGCUUCUACACAUUCAUGCUGAUUACUGCAUGUUGUUUCUAUCUUAUAUGACAGCCUCAGGUGGCAUUUAAGAAGUUGUUAACGUAUGAAAUCUGAUGGCUGGCUUGAUGAACUUCAUUUGAAAGAAUGUUACCAAUAGUUUUUUUUUUUUUUUUUUUCUACGGAGAAACAGAAGUUGGGGGGGAAGAGGGAACAGAGCUGUUUUGAUAUAUGAUUC